ACAGUAGGUCCGUAUAUCUGAGAGAAUCUAAGACCGGAAUUGCCUCAUAGCAUGGAUGGAUACGACCUCACUGUGGGGACGACAGUGGAAGUUCAUGGGCUGAUCAGCGAAGCUGGCUCUCGAUUCAAUGGCUGCACUGGUGUUGUGGCACAGAUCAACAAAGAUGGUCGAUAUGUCAUCAAGUUGAGAGACAGUAGUACCCAGCCUGUGGUCAAACCAUGCAACCUGCGUAAAGCAUCUCCAACAUGUCCGGACUGCAUUGAGGUUGGGGACUUGGUGGAGAUUACAGGCUUGACCAGUGAGCGUGGUCGUUGGCUCAACGAGCACUUGGGAUGUGUAAUGCCUGGAGCUGUAAUUGGAAGGUUGUCAGUAAAGAUUUGUGCCACAGGUCAGGAGAAAGCUAUUAAAGAACUCAACCUGCUGAAGCAUACAAAGGAGGUGAUUUUGGAACGUGCCCAAGGAUUGCUUGAGAAAGGACAUUUGUACGACUUGCAGCGCUUGCUUCGAGGAUUGCCCUUUGUUCCUGAAUGCUUGUCAGAAGCAUUGACUGCACGACUCGCUGAAGGCACGCAUUCGGAGAUUCUGGGCGGAACAUUGAAGCUAGUGGACAUCAGUGGCAAAGGCAAGGGCUACCGCACUGAACGAAUCAUUUCCGCGGGUGAAGCUCUACUUUUUGACACUGCAUUCUGCUCCACCUACAAAGGUCCGAGGGAGUACCACGAGAUGGAAACCGAAUGCAAAAAGAAGACUGAGAGAAAAGCAGUUGCAGAUUUUUUUGCAACCCAAGUCAUGACCUUGGCUUCAGGACCUUCUAUGAUGAGAAUGAUAGAGUCACAACUGAUAUCGAUUCUGAAGACCAAUGUGUUCCAAACUAUACGUGACCCAGACCAUGUUGCUUUGUUCCCUGCAGUUUCACGCUUCAAUCACUCAUGCUGCGCUAAUGCUUUCGCGGACACGUCGAAAACUCAAGCCACUGUGCGUGCACUUUGUGAUAUCCGAGCUGGCGAGGAAGUAUGUGUGUCCUAUUGUCCAGUCCACGCGCCGCGCCAAGAGCGGAUGGAACAGUUUUUUGGAAAAGGUUUCGACUGCAAUUGCGAGCGAUGCAAGCGGGAGGUACAGGAAGACCCACAGUUCUUGGUUCCGUGCAAGUGCGGAAAGCAUAGUUUCAGUGCUCAACAAAAUGCAAAGUCCAUGCAAAGAUGCCCGCAUUGCAGCUUGGAUUUUCUCAAGGAGACUUCCUUGGGCCACUUGCAGGAAGUUGAAGAGAUGAAUGCCUUCAUGCGGACUCAGGCAGCGGCAGCUGAAAAUCCAUUAAAUUUGAUCGAAACCCUCAAGCCCUUGGUUGAGAGAGUUAUUGAAGGUAGCUGUUUGGCACCCAAGACACAUAAUCAAACCAUCCAGCUUUUGAAUAAUUUCUCUGGGGCACAUUACUUUGCCGCAACGCGUGUACCUGGCCCGCAUCAAAGUGCAUCCUUUGCUGCCAGCUUUGCUUACAAAAAGAAGGUUCUACGUGCUCAAGCCACAAAUCAUGGACAAGGCACUUGCCAACGUGACAUGAACUAUUUCAUGAGCACCGAAUGCUGAUGGGACAGUUUCCCACCGCUGCUGAUCGCAAAGAGUGUGAGGAUGAAUUGGAAGAUUUGUGUUGGCUCCACAAUGGUGUCACUGCCCGUGUUUGCCGGUGAGUCAAGCCCGUCCCGCCAGAACGAACAAGGAUUUCAACUCCGGAAGAUGGGCAUUUCGUGUUUUGUUCUUGAGAAGGUGACUGUCACAGAAUCCACAUGUGAGCCGGUAUUGAUAAGAUUUGAGAGGCACAGAUAAAGAGAUGCAGUUUCAGC